CUUCAGGAAGAACAGAGUGAGGCCCUGGCAGAGGCUGUUCCCCUUCCUGUGAGGCCACAGAUGAGGAACCUGUGAUGUGUCACACAGAGACUGGAUCUUGUCACACCCCUGUUGUCUGUCUGUCCUGCGGGGCUCUGUGGACUUUAUAAAUUGUCUGCACCACUGGGGACCAUGGGAGGCAGUAUCAGGACCCCAACCCUCACUGCCAUCCUCUGCCCUUGGGCUGUGUUGGGGUCCGUGGAACUGAGGACAGGCAGGUGAGUCCUCCACACGUCCUUCUUCAGACAAAGGAACGCCAUUGAGCAGCUGGGAGGACAGAGGGUCUGGGUUGAUGGUAACCAGUCUGGGAGGGGCCUUGAGUGACAGCUGGGAAGGUGAGGGGAGAAGGACUCCACUGACACUUCAGGUCUGAUUUCUUUCCAGGAGCUCCCCUCAAACCCUCCAUCUGGGCUGACCCAGGACCCAUGGUCACCAUGGGGAGCCCUGUGACCAUCUGGUGUCAGGGGUCUCUGCAGGCUGACAUCUACCAUCUGUAUAGAGAUAGGGUCCCUCAACCCUGGGAUACAGAGGCCCCACAGGGCUCCAGCAACAAGACCAGUUUCUCCAUCAAAUCUAUGAGCUCACACACUGCAGGGCUGUAUCAGUGUGCAUGUCACACAAGCUGGAACGGCUGGUCAGAGCGCAGUGACCCCCUGUCCCUGGUGGUGACAGGAAGUACAGGGCACCCUCUCUCUCAGCCCACCCAGUCCCUGUGGCGGCAUCAGGAGGGAACAUGUCCCUCUCCUGUAGCUCAGAGAUCACAUUGGACACUUUCCAUCUGCUGAAGGAGGGAGGAGCUGACCCGCCCCAACACGUGGAAUCAAGGACCUAUCCUGGGAGGGGGCAGCCUGUCUUCCCUGUGGGCCCCAUGAAUACCUCUCAUGGGGGGACCUACAGAUGCUAUGGUUCUCCCAGCUGCUACCCCUAUGUGUGGUCACUCCCCAGUGACCCUCUGCAUCUCGAGGUCACAGGUGUGUACAGGGAGCCCUCCCUUUCAGCCCAGCCAGGCUCCCUGGUGCUCUCUGGAAACCUGACCCUCCAGUGUCGCUCAGAGGCCGGCUUUGACAGAUUUUGUCUGACCAAAGUCGAGGGGCUCACACCCCCCCAGCGUUUUCAUGGGCAGCACAGCCCCGACUUCCCUCUGGGCCAUGUGAACCACACCCACAGGGGCCAGUACAGAUGCUACAGUGGACACCACCUCUCCUAUGCGUGGUCGGCCCCCAGUGCCACCCUGGACAUCCUGAUCGCGGGAAUGUAUGAGAAACCCUCCCUCUCAGCCCAGCCGGGGCCCUCAGUGUCCUGGGGAGAGAAUGUGACCUUGCAGUGUCGCUCUGAGAUCUGGUUGCAUACCUUCCAUCUGUGCAAGGAGGGGACACUUGCUCCUCCCCAGCACCUUCAUCUGCAGGACACGGCUGCACCCUUUCAGGCCAACUUCACCAUCAGUCCUGUGACCUCAGACCACGAGGGGACCUACAGGUGCUACAGCUCACACAGCACCUCACCCUACCUGUUGUCACUCCCCAGUGACCCCCUAGAGCUCCGGGUCUCAGGCUGAUCCCCAGGAGGCUCUGAGAAUCGGCCGAUCACCCCCC